AUGGGCUUUCUCGACACUUUUCGAGGUCGCGAAAGCACUACCCAGACCGCAGGGGGAGUAUAUAAGGAGAAUCAAAAUGAGAAACCCCUCACCGAUGGCCAACGGCCAGACGAGGCUGAGACACCGAUCUCAGACGGGUCGCAUCAGGGCGACAUGUUCGACGAUGCGAAAGAACUAGCGCAUAACCCCGACACAGUCACCAGCGAUGCGGAACUGGGUCAGCAGAAGGCCGAAGCAGCGGCGUUGGUAUGGGGUCGGCCGGCGUUGGUGGGGAUCUAUGCAUGGAUCUGGAUUUGCACAUUCAUGUUGGCGUUCCAUUCGACGAUCAGCGGUGUCUUGAUCAACUAUAUUCAGAGUGAAUUCCAAAGCGCACCCCAGGUCUCGACGUCGUACAUUUUGGCCAAUAUCGUGGGCGGGGUUAUGAAACUCCCUUUGGGUAAGACGCUGAAUCUGUGGGGUCGUGCAGAGGGCACCGUCGUCUCUGUCUCGGUGUACCUGCUUGGCAUGGUCGUGCUGGCCUCGUGCAAUGGACCCAGCGGGUACGCGGCGGGCUACACGCUGUAUUGGAUCGGGUACUAUUGCUUGUACCUAAUUUUGAAUGUGUUUGUGGCCGAUACUUCUGGUCUCAGGAACCGAGCGUUCGCUUUUGGAUUUAUGCAGACGCCGUUCAUCUGCACGGCCUUUACGGGAUCGCUGGCUGCGAACUCUAUCUAUACUAAGUAUGGCUGGCGCUGGGGAUACGGGAUCUUUUGCAUCGUGACGCCGUUCGUCUUCUUGCCGCUGGCGAUGGUGUUCAAGUAUUAUGAAAAGAAGGCAGUGAAGCAGGGUAUUCUCCGCAGGCAACCGAGUGGUCGGACGACGAUACAGUCGAUCAUUCAUUACAUUCACGAGUUCGAUGUUGUGGGAGCAUUCUUGCUCAUGGCCGCCUUCAUCCUGUUCCUGCUGCCGUUCAGUCUGGCGCAGAAUGGCCGUGCCGAAUAUGCAGGCGCAAGCUUCAUCGCUCCUCUUGUCAUCGGCGUCGCGAUGUUCUUUGUCUUCGCCGCAUGGGAGAAAUGGGGUGCACGAACCCACUUCAUUCGAUAUGAAUUGAUCAAGCGUCCCACCAUCCUGGGCGCCUGCAUAUUGUCCGCCACUCUUUUCUUCAGUUUCGAGCUGUGGGACCAGUACUUCUACAACUUCAUCAUCAUCACCUAUGACAUCGGCACCGUCUACGCAGGAUACAUGCUCCAGAUCUACAACGUCGGCUCAUGCUUCUUCUCCCCGGUCAUCGGAGCCAUCAUCUGGUCCACAGCACGCUUCAAGUAUAUUUCCCUGUUUUUCGGAGCCCCCCUGAUGCUCCUCGGUUCCGGAUUGAUGAUUUACUUCCGUGGCGCCGACCAUGGCAUCGGCUACAUUGUGAUGUGUCAGAUUUUCAUUGCUUUCGCCGGUGGCACCCUCGUCAUUGGCGAAGAUAUGGCCGUCAUGGCCGCCGGUGGUCGCGAAGGCACUCCGAUGAUGCUGGCCCUCAUCGGACUGUUCUCGAACAUGGGUGGUGCCAUCGGCUUGGCUGUCGGUGCAGCCAUCUAUAACAACGUCUUCGUCGAUACCCUCGCCGGGCAAUUACCACCGGACCUGAAAGCCAACGCUACUCAGAUCUACACCGACGGUAUCAACGUCCAGUUGACCUAUCCCUUCGGCACACCGCUUCGAGAUGCGGUCGCAUACACCUGGGGCCAUGCCCAGCGCAUGAACUGCAUUGCCUCGACUGCUAUCUUGGCUCUGACCAUUCCCUGCAUCAUGGCCUGGAAGAACUACGAUGUCAACCAGAAGCAGAACAAGGGUCGCAUGAUCAUUUAA